UCAGUGGGCGUUUAUGAGGUCAGAUUUCAUGUGUGUGUUGUAGUUUCACUUCCUGCUCGAGAUGAAAACACAUUACGUUUCUGCGCACUUUUAACAUAACUCACGCGCUUUCAUUUUCUCUUUUUCAAAGUGAUGUGUUUAAAAACUUCGCAAAGCUUCCAUUGAAAUGUCACGUGUCGUGUUUGUGAAGCUGAAGUGACUCCGUUCGGUGCCCGCGAGCGUCUGGAGAUCUUCACGCGACGGAUCGCCUCCUGAUGUCACACAUGUGAACCUUCACUCUGGAUUUACGUUCGCACUGAACCGGUUCUGAUGAUGGACUCUUGUAAAGGAAGUCCAGUGUCGUAUGUGAAGCUUCUGAGGGUCCACCGGGAGCUUCUGGUGGGUCAGGUGAAGAACACACAGUGUCUGCUGGACAAUCUGCUCAUGAACAACUUCAUCUGUACUGAAGACAGAGAGAUCAUACAGAGAAGCACCACCAAAACUGACCAGGUGCGCAGUAUUCUGGAGUUGGUUCAGAGUAAAGGAGAAGAAUGUUCUGCAUAUCUCAUCCAUGUUCUUCAUGAGGCAUAUGAUGCUUAUAUUGACCUGCGGUCGUGGUUCCUUGAUAUUCACUACAGUCCAUUAGAAUCUAUAAGAGACGUUCCUGUGAUCAACACAGACCCCAUCAGCAGGUACUGUGAGAAGCUGAGGGGUGAACUGGGAAGAGACACUCAGUUCAUCACGUCUUACUCGAGGAGUGAAGACACACGUCUGGAGGAUCUGUACACGGACACACAGAUGGAGCUGCUGAGUGACAACGGUGAAAGUUUGGGCUUCAUACAGGAUCUGAACCACCUGUUAGGAGAUCAGGGAGUCUUCAACCAGCAGGCCGAGACCAUCUUCAUCACAGGCGACGCUGGCGUGGGUAAAUCCAUCCUGCUUCAGAAGCUUCAGAAUCUGUGGUCCAGGAGAGAGCUGAACACCUGCGGCAAGUUCUUCUUCAAAUUCCGCUGUAGGAUGUUCAGCGCUUUCAAAGAAACGGACGAGAUCUCGCUGAAGGAGCUCAUCUUCAAACACAACUGCUAUCCGGAUGUAGACCCCGAUGAUGAAGUCUUCGCCUACAUCUUAAGAUUCCCGGAGACGGUGCUUUUCACCUUCGAUGGAUACGACGAGAUCCAAAUGGACUUCCACUUGGAUAACGUACCCGAGGUGGUGUCACCGGAGGAUAAGACGCACCCGCUUCUUCUCCUCAUGAAUCUGCUCUGUGGUAAACUGUUGAGAGGUUCCCGCAAGGUUCUGACGGCGCGGACAGGCACUGAGGUCCAGCGCAGAGUGAUCAGGAAGAAGGUUUGUCUGCGAGGGUUCUCGCCAGAGCACCUGAGGACGUACACGGCUCUGCAUUUCCCAGAGACGGAACAUAUGACGCUGGUGAGCGUGCAGCUGGACGCGAACCCUCAUCUGUGCGGCCUCUGCUCCAUCCCGCUCUUCAGCUGGAUCAUCCUAAAGACCUUCAGACAUUUUCUCUCUGUUUAUGACACCUUGCAGUUACCCGACUCCUGCAUCACCCUCACCAACGUGUUCCUGCUCCUCUCCGAGGUGUUCUUGGGUCGCGCGACUGCUCGGCCGGGUCUCCUGAAGCGCAGCACCAGGUGUCCUGCCGACACCUUUAAAUCGGGUGAAGCAAAGCUUUGGGCCUUUGCUAGACUGGCUCUGCAUGGUCUGGAGCGAGGGGGAUUUGUGUUCGGUGUGGAAGAGGUGAUGUCCUGCGGGUUGGACGAGAAAGACCUUCAGUUCGGCUUCCUGAGGCCCGUCUCUCACUACGACACCUUUGGAGGAUCCGCUACCUUCGAGUUUCUCCACGUGACCCUGCAGGCGUUCCUCGCUGCUUUUUGUCUGGUGAUGGACACGAACAUCACAGCCGAUGCUAUUCUGAGGUUCUUCUCCAGAUGUGAAUACAAACACAAGUCCCGUUCCUCUUGUUUCUCGUGUAUGGGAAGAUCACGGCCCAGAGAGAAGGACCCGUUUCAGACAAACGAACACUUUCAGUUUGCUAACCUCUUUCUGUGCGGCCUCUUGUCCAAACCCAACGCCGCGCUCCUGGAGCAUCUGGUCCCACCGUUCACGCUGAAGAAAAAACGGAAGACACUGAAGUCAUACCUGUCUAACAGCGUGAGGACGCAUCUGAAGGGUCUGCCUCGAUACCCAUCCACGGACAUCCAGGGUUACAAAGUGCACGCCAUGCCCAACUUCAUGUGGAUGUUGCGCUGUAUAUUUGAGACCAACAGCGAGGAAGUGGCCCAGAUGACGGCCAACGGCAUAUCGGCAGAUUAUAUAAAGAUCGCAUUCUGUAACAUUUACUCGGCGGACUGCAGCGCGCUCAACUUUGUGCUGCACCACCGGAAGAAGCAUCUGGGGGUCGACAUGGACAACAACAACAUCAGUGAUUAUGGUGUGAAACAGCUGACACAUUCCUUCAGUAAAAUGACCGUGGUAAGAUUGUGUGUGAAUCAGCUUACGGACAGCAGCAUCGAGGUUCUGGCUAAGGAACUCAUCACACAUAAAGUCAUCAAGGUUCUGGGUCUUUACAAGAAUCACAUCACAGACGUUGGAGCCAAACUGAUAGCAGAGAUGAUUGAAGAAUGUCCUCAUCUUCGCAUUGUCAAACUUGGCUGUAACAACAUCACAUCUUUAGGUGGGACACAUCUCGCCAGAGCAAUUCACAAGAGCAAAUCCAUCUUUGAUGUGGGAAUGUGGGGUAAUUCCAUCGGUGACGGGGGGGCAGAGGCUUUCGCUGAGGCUUUAAAGAAUCACCCCAGCCUGACAAACCUCAGUCUCUCUGCCAACGAUAUCACGUCUCGGGGUGGACGAAGUUUGGCUAAAGCUCUGAAGGAGAACACAAGCCUAAACAUCUUCUGGCUGAUACAGAAUAAAAUCUGUGAUGAUGCCGCGUCUGAUCUUGCCGAUGCGUUCAGGACGAACUCCGCACUGACCCAUCUGAUGUUAAUAGAAAACCAGCUGACCGUUCACGGAGCCAGACAGCUUUCUGAUGCGCUCUCCAUCAACACUACACUGAAAGAAGUCAAUGUUAAAGGAAACCGAAUCUCUGAAACAGAAGAAAAACUCUUUCAGGCAGAAAAGAGGCUUCGCUUCCGCUGAGAAGAGAAACGGCAUAAAACAGACUGAAAACACACGAUCUCACACACAUGGACGGCUACACUGUAUUGUUCUCUUUCAUUAUAAUCUCACAUGUGGAUUUAUACACUAUCAAAGACACAAUGAACUUGCACUUGAAUCAGGGCUGGACAAUAUAAAAAACCCUUUCAUUGUUUUCUUUUCGCAUUUGGUUUGAACCCAAUUUUUUGUAAUGCUAUCUGUGAAAACCCAACAUAUGUUACAUAUUCCAAUACGUUUUAUGUACGGUUUUAAUAAUAAAUUAAGCUGGGUUCAAGCCCUUUCAAGGUCAGUUUUUAUUUCGUUCAUAACUUUAAUGUAACAAAAGUUAAGUCUGCUGAGCAAUAUCUUUUUCAGCAACGGAAUUUAGAAAACCUUUUUUAAAGAGAAGCGAUGAAAAUAAAAGCACAACAGUCAAGUAUUUGUAACAUUAAUAACAUUAAAAAAAUUAACAUUAAUAACUAAAAACAUUUCCUAGUGUUGAAAUCUAUAAAAAAUACUGAAUGAAACCGUUAGAAUAAAUCAGAAGUAAUUCAAAGUAAAUCAAUUUUAACCUGAGCUUUUGUUAUAUAAGAGGUCAUCGUUACUGAAAUGACAACUUUUAUUGACACCAGGCAGUCCUGGAAUGUACCUAUCAAUGAUGUCAUUGAUUGAUAGAUUGAACACCACCUCCACAGAUGAAUAUCAAUGACUAUUGACGAUGUUGUAAUGUUUUUCAAUGUAAAAAUCACUUGAACGUCAUUAGCUUUCCUAUGGCUCAGUGGUUAGAGGAUGACACUCGCAACGUCAAGGUCAUGGGUUGGAUCCCUGGGGAUUGCACAUACUUGGAAACAAAUAUAUAGGAUAAUGCAAUGUAAGUCGAUUUGGAUAAAAGCCUUUACCAAAUGUGUAAAUGGAAGUACAACAGUUUUAAAUAAUAAAAAAGGCCAGUUCAUGACACCUUUAAAAAGAAGGAGAGCACUGUAAGGAGCACUAAGAGCAUUACUACACAACGAGACUAGCAAACGUUACCCUGAAGAGAGGACAGCUGGUUAGUGGUGCAGUCAGUUUUUCGAUGUUUAUGGACAUUUAGCAUCUGAACUUUUGAUAACUUGCAUGUUUCACGGUCGCAGAGAUGUAAUGAGCAGCUGCUCACCAGGAGACAGUGAGCUACGCCAUCUCACCAUAACAUUGUAUAAAGAACGCAUCACAGAAAGAAAAGCUUCACAGUCAUUUCUGCUCCAGAGGUUUGAAUGAGACACUAUGAAAAUAUCUCUGUCUCAUCUCUCUCAUACUGACGAGUCAUGAGACGAGGACGGAAUU